AUGAAAUAACUACUAGAUUAAACAUAAAUAUCAAAAGAAUAUAAUCUAGAAACAACAGAUUAAUCCAUAUCUAAUAUAUAUAUUACGAACUAAAAAAAAAAUGAAAGUUUUUGGACCGAAAAGUUUAAUUUAUUACAAUUUCGUAAUUAAUACAAGCAGUUACAAAGUAAAAACAUUCUCCAAACAACCCUAGAGCAAGAAAAAUAAGGUUUUAAAAAACAUGUUUAUUAAUGGGGUGGAGAUAAGCCUUAAAGUAGUCUAAAUAAAGGUUAUUUAGGAAAAUUGAAUGAAAAACUUAGAUCUGAAGAAGAAGAAAAACAAGAAAACGACUAUAUUAAUAAUAUGUAGAGUACUUUCGAAAUUCACAAAUACGAUAAUUAUCCUAAACCAAUUUUAGGUUAAAAUUCAGAAGAGAUUUAUUACAAAAAUUAUAAAAAAAUAGAAAAAAUUUCCGAAUAAAAUAAAUAUUUUCAAAUAUAAGAUUCUACAUAAACCAGUAUUCUUAAAGAAAUCGAAAAACAAAAAUUACUACCUUGUAAAUUAGGUAUUAUUAAAUCUAAAGGGGAAAAUACAGACAUUAAAAUCAAUAAUAUGCACUAUGGAGAUAAAUACGCGAAAGUAAUAAGCCAAGGAAUAAAAUAAAUAUAAAGCAUUACCAAUUUUACUUUAGGCAAAAACCGUAUUUCAAAAAAAGGAGCAGAUGAUCUCUUAUAAAUAAUAGCCAGAAAAGCCACUAUAUUAGAUCUAGAAGGGAAUUAAAUAAGUUAUAUAGGAUGUGAUCAUAUAGGAAGAGCACUAGAAGCCAGAGAAUGUAAAAUCGAAGUUUUAAAUUUAGAAGAUAAUAAACUAGGUGAUAAAGCCAUAAAUAUGAUUCUGUAGUCUGUUUUAAAUAAUAUUAAUAAUAGCUUAAUAACUUUAAAUAUUUCGAAAAAUUAUAUAAGUGAUAAAUGUACUAAUAGUAUUGUAAAUGUAAUCGAAGGUAGCCUAUCUUUAAGGGAAUUUUAUCUUCAUUGGAAUUUAUUAAAAGGGAUUAGUGGUUAAUUAAUAUUCUAAACACUAUCAUUAAACCAUAGCCUGAAAGUACUAGACUUAAGCUGCAACUCAUUAGGUUUAGGUCUUUCUUUUAGUUUGGAAAUAUGCACUUUUUUUACUAAUAAUAAAGAUUUGAGGCAUUUGGAUCUAUCUAACAAUUAUAUAGACUUUGAGAAUUCUAAAAAAAUAGCCGAAGGUCUAGAAAAAAACAAGACUAUAUAUGGAUUACAUUACUCAGGAAACACUGGAUAUAUAGACUCUAGGGGUUUUUUGGUGCUUGAAGAUAAUUUAAACGAAGAUUUAACAGGAAUGCAUAUAAAAUAAAGAAUAAAUUCAUGCAAAGUACUACCUUUUAAUUAUUCAUUUAAAGGACAAAGAGAGAAAGAUUUAAAAGAUGUUUGUUGGAUUUGCGGCGGGUGGGAUGAAUUAGAAAUCGAAAUAGAAGAAAAAGAUAAAGAAGACCCAGUUUUCAUUUAUUUUAAUUUCGAAAACUAUAAAUAAAACUAUCUAGGCAAAAAUAAUUUUGUAUACAAAAGAAUGCUUCCACCCACUUAAAAUUUAUCCUUUUUUUUCACUUAAGAAGAUGACCCUUUCAUAAACCAAAAAAAUGUAAAUUAAAUAACCACAAAUCCAGAAGGGAACAUCAUCUAAAACAUAGAAAUUUAUGACAAUUCAAUUAUAAAUUCAUUAUAGAUAGAAAAACUUAAUACACUGAAAAUACACAAAAAAUAAGCUCUUUUAGAUGAAAAUUACCUCCCCUUAAUAACAAUACUGCCCCGGACUCGAGAUCCUUAAUAUGUUCCCGCUAAGUAAAAAAAAACUAAAGCCAAAUGGACAUUUUCUAUAUCUCUAAUGGCCAAAUGGAGACCUGAUGACGAAGAGCUUAUAAAAAAAUGCUUCGAAACAGACUGGGAGAACUCCAAAAUCCCCCAAAAAGUGAAAAAAUAAGAAGACUAAGACCUCCUUAAAGCCUUUUUACGGCAAAAGUAUUAAAAAAUAAAAGAUUUAUAUAAAUAUUUUGCUUCCUUUAACCCCAUAUAGGAUGUUUGGUGUAUUUAAAACGGUCCAUGGCUAGAAUUAGUGGAUUUAAUGAAAAUUAUAGACUAAAAAAUAAAAGAUGCUGACUUAAAUCUGAAGUGGACAGCGACUAUAUCUGGAGGAGAAAAAGGGAAUUUUCGGAAUCCGGAAAGAGGAAUAAAUAGACAUUAAUUAAUGGAGGCUUUUGUGAGGAUUGCAGAGGAAAAAUAUAUACUAAAAUAUUCAAAAACAUAGUCUUUUUUUGAAGCCAUGAACCUUUUUUGGGAUGAACAUCUGGAAAAUAUCAUAAAUGAAGAAAAAUAUAACGCUUAAAAAUGGAGAGAAGAAAAAUAUUGGAAUGAAGAAUGUGAUUAUUGUCUUAAAAAUUAUAAAAAAAUCAUAGAUCAUGUCUAUAAAAAAUUCUCUAAAUUAAAAGUUAAACCAGGAUAAAUACCAUUUAUGUCUUUAGAUGAAUUAUAAAAAAUUAUUUCUCUAACAGCAAUAGCAGAAGAUGAAAAUUUCGGAACUAAUGUUGUUAAUUUUGCUUAUAAUUAAAGUAUGAUGACAUAAAUUGAUGAACUUUAAAGUGAUAGAAUUUUCCAAAUGAGUCAGGUAGAAUUUUAUGAGGCUAUAGCUAGAAUAGCAGAAGAAGCUUCUCUACCAGUAGGACCGGGAACAGUAGAAGAAGGAUUUUAAUGGAGUUGGGAAAAAAGAAAAUAAUAAAAGCUAAGUCAUAAAUUUGAAGGACUUAUUUUAAGAAUGUUAAAUACAGUCUGUGAUUAGUAGUUUAAAGCUGGAUAUACAAAAGUUGAAAAGAGUAUGUUUUGUUAAGAUGAUGAUGAAGAAUAUUAAUGAUUUUUUAUAUAAAUUUUAAAUAUAUUUUUUUGUUUAUA